AUGUCGCGCGCCGCUAAGGCGACGCUAACAACGUCGAUUAUUGCUACCGUUUCGAUUGUAUGGGGCGUGCACUACGUCCAGAAAAUGGAGCGCGAGAAUAUGUACAAGGGCGUGCAGCGCGACGAGGUGCGCCAGGCUGAGCGCAAGCAGCGCGACGAUGCGCGCGACGCCGAACAGCGCCAGCGUGCAGUUGACCUCGAGCGCAACCGCGAGCGCGAGCGCAACUUGCGGAGUAUCCAGCCGAUCGAAGAAAAGGACACGCCGAGCACCCACCGAAUCUAG